CAUUGUGGAGCUCCUCUCUGCUCCUUUACCCUCUCCUCCCCAGAACCCAACAACUCCCACCCCAACCCGUCUCCAGACCCCGCCAUGGUCGCCUUCAAGAACCCAUCAUGGCGUCCGCGCAGGUUCCUCCCCUCCCGCCCCCGCUCCCAGAACCAAGAAGCAGCUCCCACGCUCCUCGCCACAGUAUCCGGCCCCCCUUCCAAGAACCACGAACCCACCCGCCCGGUCCUUCUGCUUCCCUGCGCAAAGAACCCAUUAUCGUCUCGGAGACGAAGUUCAUCACUAUGCACUCCUGCGCCAGGCGCCUGGGAGACGCCCGCAAGGUGUUCGACGGAAUGAGCCUCGGGGACCUGCUCGCCUGGUCCGCCAUGAUUGGCGCCCACGCCAUUAGGGGGAUGCACAGCGAGGUCAUCGUGCUUACAGUGCGCAUGGUAGGCGAAGGGGUCAUCCCGGACAGCUUCUUGAUUACUCGGGUUCUGCAGGCGUGGCGUACGUGGAGGACCUGGAGUUCGGGAUGGCGCUGCAUUCCAUGGCUAUCCGGAGAGGGUUUAUGGGAAGGGUGAGGGACGUGCCCGUUGGGAACUCGGUGCUGAUGAUGUAUGUCAAGUGUGGAGAAUUGGGGCGUGCGCGUUGGCUGUUUGAGAAGAUGGAGCAACGGGACUUGGGCACAUGGAACUCCAUGAUCUUCGGGUGUUGCCGGUCCGGUGAGUGGGAGGAGGCACGGAGGCUGCUCGAUGAUAUGAGGUGCGAAGGUACGGAGCCUGGGGUUGUCACAUGGAAUACGUUGAUUUCGAGCUACGCUAGGUCUGGGGAUCUUGAUGUGGCCAUGGAGCUGCUGGAGCAGAUGGAGGAGUCUGGAGUUGCUCCAGAUGUUGUCACCUGGACUAGCCUUGUGUCAGGUUUCGUCCACAGCGAUAGAGGGGAUGAAGCACUUCAGUGGUUCAUCCGGAUUCGUCUAGCUGGAGUGGAACCAAAUGGUAUGACGAUUGCGAGUGCCAUCUCUGCUUGUGCGAGUUUGAAGUUACUGUGUCAGGGAAUGGAGCUCCAUUGCCACACCAUUAAGGUUCGGAGUAUUAACAAUGUGCUCUCGGGGAACUCCUUGGUUGACAUGUAUGCAAAAUGUGGAGAAAUAGUUGCAGCUAGGAGAAUAUUUAAUGAGAUACCCGAGAAGGAUAUCUUCUCCUGGAAUUCAAUGGUUGCAGGGUAUGCACAAGCGGGCUAUUGUGGCAAAGCAUAUGAGCUAUUCUGUAAGAUGGAGAAUGAUGGUGUUCGGCGCAAUGUGAUAACCUGGAAUAUAAUGAUCUCAGGAUACAUACGAAAUGGUGAUGAUGAGAGAGCUUUUGAGCUAUUCCAGAUGAUGGAAAGCUACGGAGUGAAAAGGGAUACAGCUUCUUGGAACAUACUCAUUGCUGGUUCAGUGCAUAAUGGUCAUUUUGAUAGAGCCCUAAGAAUAUUCCGGCAGAUGCAAUCACUUCUGGUGAGACUGGACUACGUUACAAUCCUAAGUAUCAUUCCAACAUUUGCAAACCUAGUUGCUGUUUGGAAAGUACGGGAGAUCCAUGCCUGUAUUUUUCACCACUACUUAGAAAUGGAUGGCAAAAUUGCCAAUGCACUUAUCAAUGCAUACUCAAAAUCUGGCAAUCUUGCUGGUGCAUGUGCUGUUUUUGAUAGGCACUCGUCAAGGAACAUCAUUUCUUGGAAUUGCAUCAUUCUUGCACACUUGUUGCAUGGUUCUCCAAAUGAAGCAUUGGAUCUCUUCUAUCAAAUGAAGCAAGAAGGCGUGCUGCCAGAUCAUACAACUUUGACUGCCGUUAUCAAGGCCUAUGGUCUCAAGGGAAAGGUAUCUGAAGGGAAAGAAAUAUUUUUUAGUAUGAGCUGCGAUUACAACAUAACUCCAGAUUCAGAUCAUUAUGCAGCAAUGGUAGAUCUUCUUGGCCGCUCAGGGAGACUACAAGAAGCAUAUGAGCUUAUUGAUGAGAUGCCACUGACACCCAGUUCAGCAGUCUGGGAGGCAUUUCUUACUGCAGCAACAAUUCAUGGAAAUGUAAGGCUGGUAUACUUGGCUGCAAGAGAGCUGUCAGUGAUUGAGCCCAGAGGCCCUAGAAUCCAAUGGCUGGUUUCCAGUCUGCAAAAUCUAACUGGAAAGCUUGUUGAUGUGCCAGACAUGAUGGUACCCAACAAAGGAAGAGAGUUGGAUGAGGUUGAUAGUUGUUCAGUUGAAAUUAAGAACAAGGUCUAUUUAUUCUCAUCUGGUGAUAAAUUUGUCCUAGAGCAUACAGUAGCUGAACUAAAACUGAUGAUGAUUCAGAUGGAACUCUCAAUGCUGAACAACGGUAAUGGAACUCUAGAUUUUGAAGAUGAAACGGAAGAAAUAACUGGAAUCCAUUGUGAGAAGCUAGCAAUUGCUUUUGUGGUUUCUAACUCCCCUGAUUCCAGAAGCAUACGGAUAAUAAAAACCGUAAGGAUGUGUAGCCAUUGUCAUACCUUUGCCAAGUUAGCUUCAGAGAAAUACAAACGGCAGAUACUGAUCAAGGAUCCAAAUUGUUUGCACAAGUUUGAGGGUGGCAAGUGCUCAUGUGAAGAUUACUGGUGAAUACAACUGGCGUAAGUGUACCGGGCAAAAGAUGUUGUCAUAUGCCCAUGCUUGAACAGUGUCAUGUACAGGAAAUAGUAUUAAUAUACACAGCUAACCUCCUGAACAGAUUGUGCUCAAUUUGUAUGAUAUGCAAGUAGUUGCAUUGUCUUAAAAAAAAAAUCCACUGAUACUAAAGAUAUCUUCAACAUUGGUACAAAAUGUUGGCAUUCAGGAUAUCGUGUCCAAGAAUUAUGUCCAAACUCGGGAUAUCCUGUCCAAGAAUUGUAUCUCCGGAUAAAACUCUUUAUUACUCUGGUAUCAGAAAAGGCAAGCAAUUCUGAUGAUAUUCCCAGCUUCAAUGCGGCUACUGUGUACGAAUUGGGAGAGCAGAUCACGUCAUGUGGUUACUCAGCACUGCCAUGUCAAGUAAAGGAACAGUUUGGUUCAGAAGCAUGCAUGUGGCAAAACAUUGAAGAAUUAUCCUACAAGCGGUCUUCAUUUUACAGUGCUGUUGCAAAUAGGAAAAUCUGACUUAGAUUUUUGUAGUACCAUUAACCUUAGUGAUAGUGAGGCUACAAAAGCUCUUAACUACAUUCAUUUGGUUCAUCCAGUACAGAACCAAUACCUUAUGCUGUCGAUCAUUUACCCAUCAAUUUUGUUAACACAAUUUGAUAGGAAAUUUGGGUUAUGUUUGCUCCUUUGCAAA